CCACAGCCACUGUUAUGUGAUUAAUGCAGACAGACCGUGCAUCCCGAACUGUUCACACAAUCUGCAGCACCGGACCACCGAUUAACCAAGUUUUCCGGCUCAGCUGCUAAUGGCUGUGUAAGGAUCGGAGGGAAUAUUUUAUGCAUUUGCUUAUUUACUGGCUCUUUUAUUUGGACAUUAUAAACAGCAAGUACACUGGAUUUUCAAGAAAUUAAAACGUGGGAUUCAUGAACUUCCAGAGAGUAUUCCAACUUUGCUAGCAAGGUUUUUCAUCUGAAAAGAUGGUCCCUUUCAUACAUCACUGUGGCUCGCUCCUAGUAGCAUUGGCUUACUACUUAAUGGGGGCAACGUCUUCACUAAAUCUUGAAGAUCCAAAUGUAUGCAGCCAUUGGGAAAGCUACUCUGUUACUGUCCAAGAAUCCUAUGCACAUCCCUUUGAUCAGAUUUACUACACAAGCUGCACUGACAUUCUUAACUGGUUCAAAUGUACAAGGCACAGAGUGAGCUAUAGGACAGCCUACAGACGUGGCGAGAAAACAAUGUACAGGCGGAAAUCUCAGUGCUGCCCUGGGUUUUAUGAAAGCAGGGAGAUGUGCAUUCCCCACUGUGCUGAUAAAUGUGUUCAUGGUCGUUGCAUUGCUCCCAACACCUGUCAAUGUGAACCUGGUUGGGGUGGACCCAACUGCUCCAGUGCAUGUGACAAUGGUCACUGGGGUCCACACUGUAGCAAUCGCUGCCAAUGCAAGAAUGGAGCUUUGUGCAACCCCAUUACCGGUGCAUGUAUAUGUCUUCCUGGUUUCAAAGGCUGGCGAUGUGAAGAGCACUGUGACCAGGGGACCUAUGGAAAUGCCUGCCACCAGAAAUGUCAGUGCCAAAAUGGAGCUACGUGUGACCACGUUACUGGAGAAUGCAAGUGUCCUCCUGGAUACACUGGGGCCUUCUGUGAAGAUUUGUGCCCACCUGGAAAGCAUGGAAAACAAUGUGAGGAGAGAUGUCCUUGUCAGAAUGGUGGAGUGUGUCACCAUGUUACUGGAGAGUGCUCAUGUCCUACUGGAUGGAUGGGUACGGUGUGUGGUCAGCCAUGUCCAGAAGGACGAUUUGGUAAAAACUGCUCCCAAGAAUGUCAAUGCCACAAUGGAGGAUCAUGUGUCUCAACAACUGGCCAAUGCCUCUGCCGCCCUGGAUACACAGGAGAAAGGUGUCAGGAUGAAUGCCCAGUUGGAUCAUAUGGCAUUAACUGUGCCCAGACGUGUCAGUGUGUCAAUGGAGGGAAAUGCUACCAUGUGAACGGCGCUUGUCUCUGUGAACCUGGCUACACUGGCGAAUACUGUGAGAUCAGGCAAUGUCAGGAGGGGGUGUAUGGAAUCAAAUGUGACAAAACGUGCCCCUGCCAUUCUUACAACACUCAAAGCUGUCAUCCCAUGUCUGGGGAAUGCUCCUGCAAGCCUGGAUGGGCUGGACUUUACUGCAAUGAAACAUGUGCUCCUGGCUUUUAUGGUGAAUCCUGUCAACAAAUUUGUAACUGUCAGAAUGGGGCUGACUGCCACAGUGUCACAGGAGAGUGUAUUUGUGCCCCUGGCUUUAAGGGCCCAGACUGUUCUCAAGCUUGUCCAGAAGGGACUCAUGGUGUUAACUGCUCUUCAGUCUGUAACUGCAAGAAUAGUGGAGUGUGCUCUCCUGUGGACGGCUCAUGCACUUGUAAAGCAGGUUGGCAUGGAGUUGACUGUUCAAUAAAUUGUCCAAGUGGCACUUGGGGUCUUGCCUGCAAUACCACCUGUAUGUGUGCAAAUGGAGGAGCCUGUGAUGCUCUUAGUGGAAUUUGCACCUGUGCCCCGGGAUGGCGAGGAGAGAAAUGUGAACUUCAUUGUCAGGAUGGGACUUAUGGAAUGGACUGCACUGAGCGCUGUGACUGCAGCCAUGCAGAUGGAUGUCACCCAGCUACUGGCUACUGCAGAUGUCUUGCUGGGUGGACUGGUAUCCACUGUGAUAGUGUAUGUGCAGAGGGGCGAUGGGGGCCAAACUGUUCAGUACCAUGCAACUGCAAAAAUGGGGCCUCAUGCUCACCAGAUGAAGGCAUGUGUGAAUGUGCACCUGGUUACAGAGGCACCACUUGUCAAAGAAUUUGUUCUCCUGGAUACUUUGGACAUCGGUGCAGUCAGGCCUGUCCUCACUGCGUGCACAGCAAUGGGCCCUGCCACCACAAGACUGGAGAAUGUGACUGCUUGCCAGGAUUUAAAGGGGCCCUCUGCAAUGAAGUUUGUCCCAGUGGGAAAUAUGGAAAGAACUGUGCAGGGAUGUGUACCUGUACCAAUAAUGGAACAUGCAAUCCUAUUGACGGAUCCUGCCAGUGUUAUCCUGGGUGGAUUGGGAGUGAUUGCUCCCAGCCCUGUCCUCCUGGCCAGUGGGGUCCAAACUGCAUCCAUACCUGCAACUGCCACAAUGGAGCUUUCUGCAGUGCCUAUGAUGGAGAAUGCAAAUGCACUCCUGGUUGGAAUGGACUCUACUGCACACAGCGUUGCCCCUUAGGUUACUAUGGCAAGGACUGUAGCCAGAUAUGCCAGUGUCAGAAUGGAGCUGACUGUGACCACAUCUCAGGGCAGUGCACCUGUCGCACAGGAUUUAUGGGAAAGCACUGUGAACAAAAAUGCUCUUUAGGCACAUAUGGCUAUGGCUGUCGUCAGGUGUGCGACUGUCUGAACAACUCAACUUGCGAUCACAUCACAGGAACUUGUUACUGCAGCCCUGGAUGGAAAGGACCUCGGUGCGAUCAAGCUGGUGUCAUAAUUGUUGGAAACUUGAACAGCCUUAGUAGAACAAGCACAGCAGUCCCUGUCGACUCGUAUCAAAUUGGAGCAAUAACUGGGAUCAUUGUGUUGGUUCUGAUUGUCCUGUUCCUCCUUGUAAUGUUCGUCAUAUAUAGGAAAAAACAGAAAGGCAAAGAGUCAACAAUGCCUGCCGUCACCUAUACCCCUGCCAUGAGAGUUAUAAAUACUGAUUACACUAUUUCAGAAACCCUUCCACAUUCAAAUGGCGGGAACCCAAACAGCAAUUAUUUUUCAAAUCCAAGCUAUCACACGCUUACACAGUGUACUAGUCCACCUCUUGUCAACAACAUGGAUCGAAUAGCUCUUGGAAAGCAACCCAAAAACAAUCAGCUAUUCGUAAACCUUAAAAAUGCAGACCACAGGAAAAGACCUCCAACCAUGGACUACACUGGUACACUACCUGCUGACUGGAAACAAGGAGGCUAUUUUAAUGAGCUUGGAGCUUUUGGUGUUGAUAGAAGUUACACAGGAAAAUCAUUGAAAGAUUUAGUGAAGAGCUCAACGUAUAAUUCCAGCUCCUGUUCACUUAAUAGCACAGAGAAUCCAUAUGCAACAAUUAAGGAUCCCCCACUUUUGAUGCCAAAGAAUACUGAGUGUGGGUAUGUGGAAAUGAAAUCACCUGUGAGGAGAGACUCUCCCUAUGCAGAAAUUGGAAAUUCAGCUUCCACCAACAAGAAUGUGUAUGAAGUUGAACCUACUGUUAGUGUUGUCCAUGGUCAGUGUGGAAAUGGUGGAGUCCUGAGCCAAGAUCCAUAUGACCUUCCAAAGAACAGUCACAUUCCAUGUCAUUAUGACCUGCUUCCUGUGAGGGAUAGCCCGCCUUCUCCUAGGAAGGAAAUCAUUAAGGAAUAAAUCCUAACAUCCUAAAAAGGGGCAGAAGAAACAGCAAUGGCCCAGAAACCUUCAGUUCAGUGGCUGUCUGAACAACACCACAGUCUUCCUGCACUGUUAUCUCAGCACUGGCUGCAUAUCUAUUCUGUAGGUUAUAACUACAUUAAUAUGAUAUUUCUAUCAUUGCAUUUACUCAAAAAAGACUCAACUGCAGCUUCGAUUUUUAAGUGGACCCCUUUGAGAAUCUCUGAAAUGGAAACCACAAUUUUACCGCAAUACACAUAAACCAAGGAUGUCAAUGGUAGUUACACCAACAGAGUAACUCCAAGCAGAUGAAGCCAGCAAAUUGAUCCCUGCCUUUUAUAAACACUAAUAGAGUGGAGAGGGAUUUUCAAGUUUACAAUUUUCUUGUUCUGGAUAACUCAUGACAAAAAUACCACUUAAUUCCACUGAUCAAAACAUAUCUGUAUUUCUGCAGCAAAAAUAACUGGGAAAGAAUGAUUUUAUUUUUGUAAUGAAAAAGCAUGUGUGAAGGAAGGAUGAUUUUAAGUGCAAAUGUCAGGCAGAUAUUUUUAAUUUAAAGAAAUCUAUGUGUACCUACACUAAGAUAGCUUUUUUUCUACUUUCUUCAUUAUAGUUUGUUUUUAUUCAGCUAAACAUGUGCUUAUCUUCUGUGGGCUUUUAAAAAAAUCUAAAUGCAAAAUGUAGAUAAAAUAUGCUUAAGCUGGACUUUUGCAUUUCAAAACAAAUAAUUAAAAAAAGAAAAACAUGAAAAAACACUUUUUUAUCCUUACCUCUAGAUUUUCUUAAAGUAUGUUUUUCUACAGUUGAACUUGUUUUUGAUAUUACUUGGCUUAGCUUUUUCGGUUACUGUUCAUCAACUUUAUUUUAUGCUCCUUUUAAACUAUUCUGAGCCACUUUUAUUAUUGCAUUGUAUAAAAGAUUAUGUACUGUAUAUAUAUGUAAAUCAUUUUAAAGCUGAUUGAGAAGUCAUACUUGUUGACAAAUUAAACUGUACAGAAAAAGACAAAGGUCUUUCUUUUGUAGUACUUAAUGUUCUUUAUUUCUUCUUAUAUGUAUGUUGCUGUAUAAAAUGAACUAAGUUCAUUUUUGAGGAUAUACUGAGUUAAAUGAUGAAGGCUUAUUAAAGUCAAUUUGCAGUUUUAAAUAAUUUAAUAAAAUACUGAAGUUUUUUUACUAUUUUGGGGUAAAUAAGGUAGAAAUUUUGAAUUUACCAUUAAUAACAGCAAAAAUACUUGUUUUUAUACUUAAAUGAAAAUUUCAAAAGUGACAAACAUGUUCAGCAAACAGUAUGACAAUACAGUGACUAUGCUAAUAAUUAGUGCAAAAUUUGCUACAUAUAUUCGUGUGCUGUGAAAAUGUUUUGCUCAUAACAUUUUACUGAAUUUUGCUAGCUUUUAAUUAAGGUCAAUUUUAACUUAACAUCAAAAGGCAACAUCUCAAUUAUGAAAACUACAAAAAUGCACAUUUUUAACAGUAUAUUAUUUAGUUUUCUUUAUACACUACAAGUAGUACAGAUUAACAAUAGCUGUUUUUUGCAUUCUUUGUUGACAGAUUUGGUAGAUAAAAAAAGGUUUUGUAACAGGCAACAAUGUGUGGAAAAAUGUUGAUUUACUUAAGAACGUAGUAAGUGAAAUAGACACUAAACUGGAUUAGGCUGGUUCAGAAAUGAAUAGAAUGAUGCAGGGAUCUUAUCAAAAAAUCAUUUUCUAAACAAUAUGAGCUGAAUUUCUUCACAGUACAAUAGAGUAGAACCACUUCACCCUUAUGGGUUUUGUUAUGGUGCUUAGUUUUACUAAAAUGUUACAGAUCUAUUCAAUCAAUAUGUGAAACAGUCAUGUAUACAUUGUAUAAGAAGGCUGACGGUGAAAAUGCAGUAUGUAUCACCACAGACGAGGUAUUUACUGUGGCCACAAACUGACCGAGUACUGUAAAUUUUAUAUGCUAAGUGUUUUUACUUUUUCAGUGUGUUUGCCUAUACAGUACUUUUGGAUAGUUUUGAAUUUUAACCAGUUAUUUCCCAAAGAAGAAAUUAAAUGUUAUUACUGCCCUUAUGUUAUAAUUGUUAAAAGUGAAAUUUUGUACUUUUUCUGUAGAUAACGUACAAUAAGCUUUUCAAUAAAAAUUUUAUUAAAACA